GCGCUAGUUCCUCGCCACCUUGCUGAAGUUCGCCGAAAAAGAAAACAAACCGGAAGUACGUUUUGUUUUUGUUUUUUUGGGGGGGCGGGAAAAGCAGCAGAUUAAAUGGUUUCCAGAAAAUGUCUCCCACACGGCAAGAUGCAGCCCAGUCUAUCUCCCCGGUCCUCUUCCUGACCGUGGAGGGUAAACCCAUGUCGUUCUACCUGCGACCCGGUCCGCUCAAACGUAAGCUUCAGCCGCUCAUCACAGCAGGAGGAGGGACGCUAUGUAAGGUCCAGCAACGAGAAGCCAUCCUGCUGAUUGAUCCUGAGGAAAAGCCCUGUGUUCCUGAAUCUGCUGCUCAUUGGUAUGUUUCCACCCAGUAUAUUCUUGACUGCGUCGAGAAAGAGGAGCAGCUGGACAUCGAAGACUACAGGCUGAAUCCAGAAGUGAUCAAGAGACCGUCUCGAAGAUCAAACAGCAGUGGUGGGAGCCCCAGCGGACUCUCAGGAGGCAGGGUUGCGUACACCGCUGAAGAUGACAAUGCCAUUUUGAAAUUCGUCAGCAAGCGCAAGGCAGAGACAACGGGGAACCGGCUUUGGCAGGAGAUGGAGAAGCAGCGGGUGACCGGUCACAGCUGGCAGUCGAUGAAAUCCAGAUACAAAGACCGACUGGCGAAGAAUCAGCCUGCAGCCAUAAUGCCAGAAACGAAGGAAGACGACAGCAACAAGCUGCCAGAGAAAAAUACAGAGGUGAAAUUGAGUGAAGAAUUGAAUGCUGGAAAAGGCUCCUGUGAUGCAACCGUUGGUCCUUUUCCCACACAUUCAGCAGACUCAGACCAAACACAGAUUGACGUCCAGUUGAUACCAGCAGCAAGAACAUCUGAACAUGUAGAAACCCAGAUACUGGCCUCUGUUGGAGUGGAAGAGAUCCAGACAACAGAGGAAGAACUGAAUAACAACGUCCAAUCUGGGAGUGUUGAAGGUGAAAAUUCUCAUUGUUGUCAGUCUGAGGAACAGGCAGAUAAUAAAGCCGACACAGAGACCCCAGAACCAGAAAGAAAUGGACCUCUGACAGCUGCUGUUCCACAAAAACCUAAUUUAUCAAAAAGCCCAGCUCAGCUCAAACUCUCAGCUAAAACCACUUCACCUAAACAACCAGAGGAAAAGCCGGAGGCUUCGUCGAUGGAGGAACAACCGCAGCGUCGAUUAACACGCAGGCAGCUGGAGCUGGAAGCCUCGUCUUCGUCCCCCGAGCCGUACGGCAAAAAACUGAGAUCAUCUUCAAACACCCCUAAGCGGUCCAUACGAACCCCACAACCAUCGAAAAAACCCAAAUCUGCCGUAAUGGCUGCUGACCAAAGAGCCCCGUUAACAGAAGAGCCCCAGAAGAAGAAAGCCAGGGGGGAGGAGGCGGCAGCCGAGGCGGAGAGCCAGGUGGAGCAGAACAGCCACAAUGCUGAGACUAAAACAGCACAAGCAGAUGAAGCUAAAUCUGCCCCACAGGAAACGGCAAAGGAGAAAAGGCAGCUGGGAAUUCUUGAAAUGGCAACAAAAGAGUUUGAAGAUGAUUCUGAGCCUGAUGAAAAUGACGGUCCAGAUCUCCAGAAAAGUUCUGGAGCAGCAGCUUUGUCAGCCGCCACUCCGCAGCCUUCAGACACAUCUGCAGACCUACCCUGUGCUCAGGCCAACCCUGCCACCGGACCCAGCCCACAGGAGCCUGUACCGGAGACCCGGGCCUCAUGCAGCAUCCGCGUCCCAAACACCGGCUCCCCAGAGGCUGGAGCCGCCCGGCCGACUGCUUCAGGGCCCGUCAGCGCCCCUUCCAAGGCCCACCUGUUCAUAUUUGACAGUGAAUCUCAGCAAGAUGACUCCCAGCCUGUGGUUGGUGAAGGCUCAGCGGCUCCAUCUCACCCACAGCGGUCAGGGGACGCAGCGUUCUCUCUGACUCAGGUGCAUUUAGAAGAGGACAAGCAGCGAAUCAGGGAGCUGAUGAACCAGACCAAGCAGGGCCUGGUCAGCGUGACCAAAGCUUUGCUAAAGACCAGCGGAGACUUCGCUGCCGCGGCUGAUUUGCUUUUGAAUCCCUCGUCGGUCUCUGCGGCAUUUUGGAUCCGCCGCGACGACGGUCUGUUGCGUUCGGCCGACCCCGUCGUCCGUCAGAAGCUGCAGGAGAAAUACGGCGAGGAGAACGUGGCCAAGAGGAUCCUGUUUCUGGAAACGGAGGGAUAAAAACGCAAACGUCCUAACCCGGGAAGAUGAGACAGGAGACGUGGACAGCUGUGAGACAAGCUUCCUGCUGACAAAGUGCCACACAGGCUGCUAAUUAUUACACCUUUGCUUUAUUUUAUUUUUCUUCUUACAUUUGAUCAAAAAACUUAAAAUGCUGUUUCUUGUUCCAGAACACAUCAACAACUACUGCUUAAACCAGAAAAUGUAAGAUUUAAAGCAAGAUGAACCAUUUAAUGAAGCUUUUACAUAUUUAACUCUAUAUCUAUACAUUAGGAUAGAAUAUUUGAAGGUUAUUUUUAUUGAGGUUUUAGAAGAAUAUUUGAUGCAUUUUGGUAUAAAAAUACGUCAUUGUAUGUGUUGCCUAAUAAAUAUGUACUAUUUAA